CGUACACGCUUCGCUUUGUUGACACGCAAUAGAUACAAAUUCUGCAAUGAUAAAAAGUUAAAACAAAAAUUUGACUAAUAAAUACGUAAGCGCAACGUGCGUACGACCGCGUAAAUACCGCGCGAAGUUCCGUCAUUGAAACUAGUGAAAAAGUUUUUCGUGGCGCGCGGGGGAGACACCCUCUGCGCUCGAAAAAAUCAGCCCCUCGCGUACCGCCCGCCCGCCGCCGAACUUUUCAUUCACCGGGAAAAAAAGUGUGGCAAGGCCGCCGCGUGACGUCACAGCAUCGAGUGGCCACGCGUCCGUUCCCUAGCAACGUGCUCGCAUCUCGUCACUCGACCCUUCUAAACAACAGUAAUCCUAGUACGUGUGUCACAAUGAAAGUGCUCGGGAAAGUGGGCUCGCGUUCGCCAAAAGUGUUAGUAGUGCCGAACGUGAAGUGAAAUGUAGCAGGGGGCGAAGACGACGGACUCUAUGUGCAGCACGCAGAGGUCGCGGGUGUCGAGGAUGCACCUGACGGGGGCGUCGAGCGGUGCCGUGUCGCCGGACACCAGCUCCACGUUGCUCCAUGAGACGUACACCAAGAUGACGUCGGACAUACUCGCGGAGCGCACGCUCGGCGACUUCUUGUCGGAGCAUCCGGGCGAGCUCGUGCGCACUGGCAGCCCGCACUUCGUAUGCACGGUACUGCCACCGCACUGGCGCUCCAACAAAACGUUGCCAGUGGCCUUCAAAGUGGUCGCUCUGGGUGACGUGGGCGACGGCACCCUGGUCACCGUCCGCGCCGGAAACGACGAGAACUGCUGCGCGGAGCUCCGGAACAGCUCGGCAGUUAUGAAGAACCAAGUGGCAAAGUUCAAUGACCUCCGAUUCAUCGGCCGCAGUGGUCGCGGUAAAUCCUUCACGCUAACGAUAACGGUAUCAACGACGCCGCCGCAAGUGACUACGUACAAUAAGGCCAUCAAGGUGACGGUGGACGGGCCGCGGGAACCGCGCUCCAAAACCAUGUUGUCGCUCCUAGGGCAGCAGCAGCAGUUCCACUUCGCGUUUGGGCAGCGGCCCUUCCCCUUCCCGCCCGACCCGCUCGGCGGUUUCCGCAUGCCGCCCAUCACCACAUGCCAGAACAUGAGUCAAUUCGGGCUGAGCUCGAGCAACUCGCACUGGGGUUACGGCGGCGCGGGCGCGUACCCCGCAUACCUGCCGUCGUGCGCCGCACCCGGGGCCACGCAGUUCAACCCGCCCGCCCUCGGCUUCGCCGGCACCGUGCCCGAUCAGGCGCCUAAUCAGGACUUCGGAACUAAUAAUACAGUACUUCCGGAUACAACAGGCGUGGAUUUGGAUCAACAGCUGUCUGGACUGGUUGGCUCGUCGCCCUCGCAUCAUGGCAGUCUGCUGCCACGGUACAACAACAACGCCGACUACGGCCUGUCGACGGGGCCGCGUUCGCUUAGCGAUAACAGCUCCCAGCCCGAGUCGCCGGUCCAAGACGACUUGCUUACCUCCAACACGACCACCAACAUCGGCCACAAUCACUCAAACAGUUCCAACUUCCCCUCCCUCAUGGGUUCACAGAACUCGUACGGUGGAGGGAAUUGUAACAAUUCCCUUUACCCCGUUCUACCCGCUAGUCUACUAUACAGUCAGUUGUACACAGCGGCGAAUCAGACACAUAAUUUUCAUUCUUUACAUUCGAAUUCGAUACAUUCGACACAAAAUCAUCAUAACGAAUUACAAACGAUGAUGGAUCAGAUAUCUUCAACAACGAAUAAUCACAGACAGCACGGUAAUCACGGACAAGGAGAUUUGUUACUGGGCGGCGGAAACUCUUGCGCCGCGGCGGCUUCCAGAGGUGAAGACGGCAGAGUGAACAGCCUAGGACAGCGCGGCAAUCCUCAGCCGGACAGUAACACUGUUUGGCGGCCAUAUUAAAACAUUUUACAGCUUAAAUUCAAACGUAACA